AUGAGUGCUUACCGCGCCGACGCAAAUCCAUUCGACGACCCGGGGUCCAACCCCUUCUCACAGUCCAACAACUCGGCAUUCUCCCUCGACGAUGUGGGCGGAGGUAACAGCGCGCCCUCGGGCGGCAUUGCCAACAUGUCCGCCUACGUCGCCGACCACGACCGUCGCGCACGCGAUCUCGAGGCAAAGCAGCGCGAGCUCGAGGAGCGCGAGCGCAACCUGUCUGCGCGCGAGGCCGAGGUUGAGCAGUACAAGGCCAACUGGCCGCCUUUUAUGCCACUGAUCGUCCACGACAUCAAGUUCGUCCCCACCGAGCACCAGCGUAACGCUCGUCUCAUGUACUUUUACUGGCUCGAGCUGGCGGCGACCCUCGUGUUCAACUUGCUCGGAUGCCUGUUCCUGUGGAUUUCCGGUGCCAUGGGAGGCUUCUCGUCCUUUAUCUCCUCGAUCUUCUACCUCGUGUUCAUCCUCCUUCUUUCGUUUGUUCUGUGGUACUACCCCGUUUACAACGGCUGGAGGCGCAUCAACAAGCGCGGCGCUGCUAUUCUCUUCUACUGCUACUUUAUCUUUGGCGGUAUCCACAUCAUCUACUGCCUGUACAUGGCGAUCGGUGCUCCUUACACCGGCUCGUCGGGUCUUGUGAACACCAUCCGUCUCCUCAUCGGCGAGCACAACGUGUCGGGCAUCAUCGGUAUUGUCUUUGGCAUCAUUGCCUGCGUUGGCUGGAUCGUCCAGCUCCUCGGCGGUCUUGUCCUCUACAAGCUCGUCUGGGCCUUUAAGAACAGCAACGCCGAGAUCAACUGGGCCAAUGCCAAGACCGAGUUCACUGGUCUCAAGACCAUCUUCAAGCUCUUCAAGGGCUCGUCGACAUAA